UCUCUCUAGAUAGAUAUAGAGGAUGGGGAUCGCGAUGGAGAACCAACAACAACAACAACACAAGAAUUUUCAACUUCUACAGACUUCAUCAGAGGCUGAUAAAAAGAGAUGGACACUUAAUGAUUUCGACAUUGGGAAGCCUCUUGGAAGAGGAAAGUUCGGUCAUGUAUAUCUAGCUAGGGAGAAAAGGAGCAAUCAUAUUGUUGCAUUAAAAGUGCUGUUCAAAAGCCAGCUAAAACAGUCCCAGGUUGAACAUCAGCUUCGUCGUGAAGUUGAAAUACAAAGCCACCUUCGCCAUCCAAAUAUUCUGAGGCUUUACGGUUACUUUUAUGACCAGAAACGUGUGUAUUUGAUCCUGGAAUAUGCUGCCAAGGGUGAACUCUAUAAGGAGCUGCAGAAAUGCAAAUAUUUCAGUGAACGACGUGCUGCAACUUAUGUUGCAUCAUUAGCCCGAGCCCUGAUAUACUGUCAUGGGAAGCACGUAAUACACAGAGAUAUUAAGCCAGAGAAUCUUUUGGUUGGUGCACAGGGUGAACUUAAAAUAGCAGACUUUGGGUGGUCAGUGCACACCUUUAAUCGAAGACGGACUAUGUGCGGCACUCUGGACUAUUUGCCACCUGAGAUGGUGGAAAGUGUAGAGCAUGAUGCAAGUGUGGACAUUUGGAGCCUUGGUGUUCUGUGCUUUGAGUUUCUGUACGGGAUGCCCCCAUUUGAAGCAAAGGAACACUCGGACACAUAUAGAAGGAUUGUGCAAGUGGAUCUCAAAUUUCCUGCCAAACCAGUUGUUUCAUCAGCAGCCAAGGACCUCAUUAGUCAGAUGCUUGUAAAGGAUUCUUCCCAGCGUCUGCCCCUGAAAAAGGUACUAGAGCAUGCUUGGAUUGUGCAGAAUGCUGAUCCUUCAGGCGUUUAUAAGGGCUGAUGAGAGAGUACUACAUCACCAAUUACUCUCACAAUCUUUGUGGCGGACUACAAAUUGUUUUCAUUUUUUACUGAAGAGCAUCUUUGCUCAGCUGGAUCGUAAAAUUAUGUGAUGUAACAUAACCACACCAAGAUGUUAAACCUUUGUGAUCUUCAAAACCUUGCAUGAAAGGAGGUUUCUAUA